CGGGGCGGAGCCACAGGCGGACCGAUGGACAGUGGGGUGCAUAUAGAAGCUACGAUAACCAGACCCGUUGUCUCUCCAACCCACAUCAGUGCUACAGCUUCUGAAACAGUCACAGUCCUGGAGCAGAGGAUGAGGAUCGUUGAGGAACAGACCAGUUCUCUGAGGGAUGACCUAAUCAUGUUGGACUUCGGUGCAAAAAGAAACCAGUUUGAAACCCCAAAGUGUGUAGAAGCACCUGAGAACCAGAACAUCACUAGCCCCAUCCAGAGUGAAGUAACUUGUUCUGGAAAAACGGAUAUUUUAUGGAAGAACUGUGAGUUUCUGGUGAAUCGAAUGUGCCACCUGGAAAGCCUCAUCCAGUCCUUGAAGAUGAAUAUCUUUUGUCUGCAAACGGAGAGGGACAUGAAUCCACAGAAAGCAGCUUUUCUGAAGGACCGACUGAACACAAUACAGGAGGAGCAUUCCCAGGACCUGAAGCUGUUGCACCUGGAAGUGCUGAAUUUGCGCCAGCAGCUAAGAGAAGUGAAAGAGGAGGAAGACAAGGCCCAGGACGAGGUGCAGAGGCUGACCGCCACGCUGGAGAUGGCCUCAGAGACAAAGAAGAAUGCAGCCGUUAUGGAAGAGGAGCUGAAGACCACAAAGCGUAAAAUGAACCUUAAAGUUCAGGAGCUGCGGAGACAGCUGUCUCAGGAAAAGUGCCUGAGGACUUCUCUUGAGAACUCUGGAUCGGCCAUGCUGCUCAAAAUACAGGAGAUGGGGGCAGCAGUGGAGGUGGAACGCAAGCAGGUACAAGUUUUGCAGCAAAACUGCCUGUCCCUACGCAGUUCUAUACAGAACACCCAAGAACUACUGGCACAGGAGCAACAAAAGAAAGGAGAGUUGGAGGCUGCUAUCUUACAGCUCAAGUCUGACCUAAUUUCUAGAGAUGACCUUAUUUCCAAGCUGGCUGAAGAAAAUAAGAAUGUGCAGAUGUCUCUCAACAAGGAACAUGAGAAAAAUGGAUAUCUGAGGUCUGAAAUAAUAUCCCUUCAUGAAGCAGCAGAGAAAGUACAGGUAGAGCAGAAAAGGGUGACACAGACUUUUCAAGAACAAAACUUACUGCUGGAUGCAGCCCAUGCCAGUAUCACAAGUGAGCUGCAGAAUCUUAAGAAUGAGAAAACGCAACUCCAGGCACAUCUCGACCACUUAAUCCUCGAGCACAACCAGUGUCUGCAGAAGGCCCAGGAUGCUGAGAAGAGGACAGCGGUGCAGAAGGAGCUGCUGGAAUCAACUAUCGCGAGACUGCGCGGGGAACUGGAAGCGUCGCUGCAGGAGAAGACCUCUCUGCUGGGCGAGAAGGAGAGCCUUCAGAGAGAGGUGAAUAAAAACGAGCAAGAAAAAGCACAAGAAAAAUGCAGUUUGGAAAAGGAAUUGGCUAAAUACAAGGCAGAUGUAAACGCAUUAACCCACAGCCUGCAGGCUCUGGAGGAAAGGAACAAGGGCCUGGCCGAUCAGGUGGCUUAUCUGGAACUUCAGCAAGACGAGGCCGAUUACCAUGGGCUUGCCCGACAGAAGGUGGAAAAUGUCUUGGGAAAAAUUACUCAGAGUAAAAAUAAACUGGCCUAUGAAAAGGGAAAACUCCAGAUAAAAGUGAAACAGCUGGAAGAGCAGCUACAUUCUUUCACUGAAACCUGCUCACAGAAUGACCAUCUGCGCAAGUUGAACAAGGCUCUGGAGGGCAAAUACACUCAGGUGAAGUCCAUCCUUGAAAAGAACGAAGAGGAGCUCUCGCAGGUGGUGAAGUGUCGCGAUGCGGCGCUGAAGGAGAGCCAGAAGCUGAAAGGGGACCUGGAGGCCCUGGAGGACAAGGAGAGCAAGAAGAUGGGGAACUUUCAGCGGCAGCUGGCAGAAGCGAAAGAAGACAAUUGCAAAGUGACAAUCAUGCUGGAGAACGUGCUGGCUUCGCACAGCAAGAUGCAAGGCGCUCUGGAAAAAGUGCAGAUCGAGCUCGGGCGGAGGGACUCGGAGAUCGCAGGCCUCAAGAAGGAAAGGGCGCUCAACCAGCAGAGGGUGCAGAAGCUGGAGGCGGAAGUGGACCAGUGGCAGGCCCGCAUGCUGGUGGUGGACGCCCAGCACAACAGUGAGGUGGAGCCCCUGCAGAAGGCUCUGGAUGUAGCGAGAGAAGACAACAGGAAGCUGGCGAUGAGCCUGGAGCAAGCGCUCCAGACAAACAACCACCUGCAAGCAAAGCUGGACCACAUCCAAGACAGACUGGAAUGCAAAGAACUGGAGCGACAGGAUUUGGAAACCUGCAAAGAGCGCAUAACUGAGGAAUCGAAGGUGGAGGCGGAGCUGCACGCUGAGCACGUAGAAGCUCUGAGAAAGCAGUUUCAGACCGAGAGAGACAACGCCAAGAAAGCGAACCAGCGGGAGGUGGCCGAGCUGAAGAAAGCCCUGGACGACGCCAACUGCAGGUCCGUGGAGGUGUCGCGCACCAACCGGGAGCUGCGGCAGAAGCUCACGGAGCUGGAGAAGCUGCUGGCCGGCAGCAAGGAGAAGAUCAAGAACCAGAAGGCCCAGAUCAAGCUCCACGUGUCGGCCAAGGCGAAUGCUGCUCAGAACGUGGAGAGGAUGAAGCAAAUAGAAACGGAACUGAGGCAAAUGGAGCUGAUUAAGGACCAGUACCAGAAGAAGAACUACGAGCAGUCGUUGAGCAUCCAGAGAUUUGUGUCUGAGAUGACGAACCUGCAGAAGGAGAUGCAGCUGCUGGCCAAGAGCCAGUACGAGACCUCGGCGCGGAACAAGCAGCAGGAGCUGCGCCUGGAGGCGGAGCGGAAACUGAGGCAGGAGCUGGAGCGCCGGUGCAAGGAAUUGGAGGAAACGGUGAGACACCUGAAGAAAUGUAAAGAGGUGACGGAGAGUAAACUGAAAGAAGCCAGUGUGGAAUCAGAACAGAUAACAGCUAACCUGGAAGAGGCUCACCGCUGGUUUAAGUGCAGGUUCGACGGCCUACAGCUUGAGCUGACAAAAAACCGGCUGCAGAGGCUCCCCCAGGAGAGCAGGUGCUGGGAAGAGGACCAAGACCAGAGGCAUGACGCCAUCUCCACCCAGUCUAUCCUGCACCGGUGGGAGAACAAACAGAACCUCAGGCUGAUGCCCAAGAAGUACCAUCCUGAGCUGGAGAGGAAGUGACGCCCUGACCGCGGAGGAACUGCACCCACAGCCGUGCCGGGACCUGAGCCAGCGCCGGGCUGGCCUGCUGCCACCGCCCCGGACACGACGUCCACAGGGCUGAAGAUUUGGACCUGAGUUUAUCCCUUUAUGAACUCUGAUGAUCAAUACAAAACACCCAUCUUUUUCUUUCCCCGUUUUCCACCCAAUAAAGUUAUAUUAAUUUGUGUAUGAUAA